GAGCGGGUGGGACAUGGCGGCAGGCGUGGGGAUGCGCGGCCUCGGCAGGCAAUCUGGUGCUCUGAAAAGGAAGCUCCAGUCACCACAUGGAAACCCGCCCGUGAAAAGAAAACGUAAAUUAUCCACAAACACCUUCAGGAAGGGUGCCACGGAGGCUGGCAGGAGGGAGGAGGGAAGCUCAUCACAAAAAACUGUUCCUAAGAAGCAGCUGAGUGACAAACAGAAUGAAAGCCAGAAGAACAAACCUUUCAUCAAGACAUCCAGCUUGUUUAAAAACAACCCAGACAUCCCAGAAAUUCACAGAAAAGAAGUGCGGCAGGUGCAAGAAAAUGUUUUCACUACAGAUUCCUUCAGCCAGCUGGACCUCCACCCACACCUGAUCUCCACAAUAAACGCUGUCCUAAACAUAUGCAGCAUGACCAGUGUUCAGAAGCAAACAAUUCCUGUGCUCCUGCAAGGCAGAGAUGCCCUGGUGAGAUCUCAGACUGGUUCAGGUAAAACUCUUGCCUAUGGAAUUCCACUUGUGCAGUCUUUGCAAGGAAUGGAAUCCAAAAUACAGCGCAGUGACGGCCCCUACGCGCUCGUGCUCGUCCCAACCAGGGAGCUUGCACUCCAAAGUUUUGAUACAAUCCAGAAACUACUUAAGCCAUUUACCUGGAUUGUGCCUGGAGUACUAAUGGGGGGAGAAAAGAGAAAAUCAGAAAAAGCCAGGUUAAGGAAAGGGAUAAACAUCCUCAUCUCCACCCCUGGCCGCCUGGUUGAUCACAUCAGGUCCACGCAGUGCAUUCAUUUCCGUCGCACUCAGUGGCUGAUCAUUGAUGAGGCAGACAGGAUCCUGGACCUGGGCUUUGAGAAGGAUGUGGCUGUGAUACUGAAUGCUUUAAAUGCUGAGAGAGAGACACGUCAGAAUGUGCUGCUCUCAGCCACCCUCACCGAAGGAGUGACACGCCUGGCUGAUAUCAGCUUGAAUGACCCCGUCAGCAUUUCCAUAGCAGAUGAAAUCCAGAAGGUGCCUGAACCAGCAGCACAAACAGACAGGAAAGCCAGCAGUUCAUCAAACUGCAUGGAGCAGGAAAACUUUGCUGUUCCAGAGACACUCCAGCAGUAUGUCAUGGUGGUCCCCAGCAAACUGAGGCUUGUCACGUUAGCAGCUUUUAUCCUGCAGAAAUGCAAGUUUGAAAAGCGCCACAAGAUGAUCAUCUUUUUCUCCAGCUGUGAACAAGUGGAAUUCUACCACGAGCUCCUUGCAAAGGUCCUUUCAGGAGGGCCAGAGUCAGAACAACCUGGACAUUCACCCCUCUCCUCUGUGAGCUUGCAUUUUCUACGUCUGCACGGCGACAUGGAACAGGAAGAAAGGACAGAGGUCUUCCAGGAGUUCCUAAAAUCCAAGACAGGCAUCUUGCUUUGCACUGAUGUAGCAGCACGGGGGCUGGACCUGCCUCAAGUGACGUGGAUUGUACAGUACAACGCUCCGGCUUCACCUGCGGAAUACAUCCACCGGAUCGGGAGGACGGCGCGCAUCGGCUGCCGCGGGAGCAGCCUGCUCGUGCUGGCUCCUUCAGAGGCAGAAUAUGUCAGCUUGCUGGCUUCUCACAAGAUUAAUGUUUCAGAGCUGAAGAUGGAGAAGGUGUUGGCCACCCUGAUGAGAGAUGAUCGCUUCAGGGUGCACAGACCAGGGAGCAGGAAAUCCUGUGGCAAGAGCCCUCAGGAAGUCCGGGAGAGGGCCACAGUCCUGCAGACAAAAUUUGAAAAUCUCGUCCACUCCAGCGAGGGGACUGUCCAGUGGGCCAAGAAAGCACUGCAGUCUUUCCUUUGUGCCUAUACCACCUAUCCCAAGGAGCUCAAGCACAUCUUCCACAUCAAAUCUCUCCACCUGGGUCAUGUGGCCAAGAGCUUUGGGCUGAGAGAUGCCCCCCAGAACCUGACUGCUCUUCCAACUGCAGGCUCAAAGAGGAAAACCAAAGCCAAGCCAAAAAGGUCUGAGCUGCUCAAGAAGACCCACAGCAGGCGUCGCCUUGCUGAGCUCCUGUGCUCUGAAUAUUCCAGUGGGAUGGACACUGCUGGGGCCAAGGUCAAGAAGAAGAAGAAAAAGCAGAGAAAAGCUGGCAACCAGCAGAUUCCAACAUAAGCCAGGCCCUUCCAGUCUGUGGCUGUAAAAGCUGCUGGAGUGCCUCAGCCGGGGGUCGGGGUGACCUGCCAAGGCAGCUGAGGAGUGUUUCCAUUUAUCAGGCAAGUGUGGGAGGGAUCCUGGGGCUCUUGGCCUCCUCCCCUUCAUUCCAUAGGUCCAAGAGGAAUGGAAUCUGGGCGUGUCCUGGUGUGCUGCUGCAGUUCAACGUGGCCUCCUGAAGAUGCACCGUGCUCCUGAGAUGGUUUUUUAGCAAGGAAAAUAAAAAAAGGUUAAAUAUGA